AUAAAACGAAAACAACUCCAACGUAUACGGUUUAUUUUGGUACGUAGGUUUCAAUAGAAGUGUGUGGGUUUCUCCUCUCAAGUAAAUGGAAUAGAGGACAUUUAUUCCAAAGAGCAUACGUCGAAGAUCUGAAGUGUUCACGAAGGGCGUCCAAUUGUAUACGCCAUCGAUAUAGUUCAAGCUAAAUCAAGAGACAAAGCAACCUCAUCAGCAGAUCCUAGAAAUAUGCACAGGACGGCUUUGUUGGUAUUGCUGGUACAGAUAAUCCUAUCGUCUGGCACAAUCAAUGUAACACAUAAAAAAAACCAUUGAUGGUAGCAUACAUCGGCCGAUACCAGAAUGCAAGUUCUCCGUAACAGAUGAGUCUAAACGGUUCUUUAAAAGCCGCCUAGUCUUACUGGAGCCACAUUUCAUCAGGCUGCAGCUAGAUUUUCUCAAUAAGUCAAACAUAGUGCGGAAUGACCGUCCUGGCUUAUUUAAGCCGGACCUUUGGGUGUGGACAUAUUCGCCACCUCGUGGACACUUUCCAUACCUUUCUUGGAGCAUUGAGCACGAAGUACUAAGUUUCAAGCUACUCGGGACUAAAACAUUUAACAUAGAGUUUAUCGCUCUUGUUACGAACCAAAAAAAAUGCUCGCUGGCGUUGGGAAGUGAAACAUCAACACAGAGCAUCUCUAGAGCGCUAAGCGCGUUGGUACAAAUCGAAGAUGAAGAAGUCCCACAAUACAUUUAUUACUAUUUCUGCCAUUUUUCUAAAAUGAAUAAAUCAAGGAAUACAGUGGCAUACAAGGCAGCAGUGUAUCUAAAGUACCCUGCUCCUUACAUAAGAUACAGGUGCUGUGAGUACAGAUAUAAUUUUUUUAACUCUAGCUAUCAACCCAUUAAAUGUAACUUUUUUAUUAGUGACUUGAAUCUCUGCACCAUCGAUCCUUACAUUUUGGGAGUAAUUAUUCUUCUGUACUUUCCAAUCGUGUUAUUCAGAGUGUGUGCGUUCAUUUCUAAAGGGGACCAAAUAGUCGCUCGUGAUCUAGAAAUGCAUCCUGUUGUGGAUAGCAAUAAUUAUGAAAUUGACGACUGGAUAUACCUCGAUGGAACAUCACCUAUAACAAUUUCAAACACAUUAAGUUAUCCUCUCCGAGACUUCAGAAAGCAUCACCCUGUAGCAAUGUCCCGUCUACGUCGAUUUCUAUGUACCCUUGUGACACCAUGUUUCAUUUAUUUGGAGAUGUUCAUGUUUAAAGAUGGAUAUAUCACUGGCCAUACAAACAAUAUCACCAUAUAUGUCAACGACAUGGUCAAUGCCGGGGUUCCCGUUGGGUUUCUUUCCUUAUUUGGUGACAAACAUAAACGGAUGGACAACUUUGUUCCGGCUUUGGGAGGACCAGUUGGUGUAAUGACGUUGUAUUUCAGCUUGGCCUUUGUGUUGAUAGUUCUACCACGAAGUUUGAAACAAAUAGUUGAAAAUGGGUUGCCAAGUCAUUCUGAUGGUUUUCCCCUUCUGAUCGGGUUUGAAGAGAUCUUGUCAUUUUCGUCAAGUUCAACUGUAUUGGAACCGGGAUAUGAGCGAGCUUCCGUCAUAUGUAGAAACUCUGUUUACAUGGUGUUCUCAGAAAGGUUCUGGAGACGAGUAUUAAGAAUACAAAGGCAGAGGUUUAAAUGUCAUGGCAUUCACUCUAAUCGGUGUGUUCAAAUUUGCUUGACUUGCAUUAUAUUUAUAUUCAAGCUUAUCUUCUGCAUCUUUGAGGCAUUGUGUUGUUUUGUUUUCUAUGUUAUUCCAUUUUUCAUGUUCAGCUUAAUAAUGAUCAAAGGAGCUGUGCGCACUAUUAUGGAAACGAGACACUCUUUUAAAAGAAGAUUUCAGUUUUUGAAUCGCACCGUAAUUUGGAUAAUCGUCACUCUGAUUAUUUCCCUGACAUUUGUCCUUUUCACAUACUGUCUUUGCUUAGUAUUUCUUGAAAGCUUUGUUCUUAUUUCACAGAUUGCAAUAUAUUGCUUUAUAGCGCUGGUUCUAUUUCCAACAAUUUCUUUUGGUUACUUGUUCUUCUUUACAGCUUUUGUUUAUUACAUUGCUCAUUUGGUCCAAAGGUUUGGCGAUGGUUAUUCUCAUUUGUUAGAAGAUGCGAUUAAGCUUUCCAUUGAACUGGAUACAAAGGAACACAGGACAUUCAUUAAAGAUAGUACUUUGUAUGUCCCCAGUGUAAGUCAGAGCAUAAAGACUGUCAUAAUUCACGACUGUACAAUAGAAGUACCAGUGAAUGCACAAAUGGAAAUACAGCUUCGGAGAAGUACCUUACCAAAGGUAAAAUGCAAAGGUCUGGCACAUGGUAUUCCAAAAGAGCUUUUCGAGAGGAUUGUAAAUUCGAAACGACCAAUCUACGUUAAAUUACUAAAUUUGGUUUUCCAUUUUGCGUUAAUAAUGACGUUGAUAACGGUGUCCAUUCGUUUGACAUCACAAUUUAACUCCGAGUUCACCAGCGACGAAUCCGAGAUGUUACACAUUGUUUUCACGGUGGUUGUUGGCGUUAUUCCUCGCGUCGUGGAGAUGUUCCUGAAAGGAGGAAGUGACGCAGGCAAGAAACAAAUAGAAAGAGGGGAAAUUGAGAGAAUUAUUCACGAGUACUGGGGGCUUGUUGAAUGAUGUGUUUAAAGUGUAUAUAUUGUAUUCACGGCGAUUGUUGGCUCGGGAAAGACAAUUCACGAUUACCGAAUAGAAUUGAUGAAGAAGACUGCAGAAAUCGCAAACAGUGAAGAAGAUCAUCUGUAUAUAAGAUUACUGAGAUAUGCAUUUGAAGAUUUUAAAUUUCAAUAUUAUAAUCAGAGGUGGAGGGGGCGUAACCUUUUGACAUUCGUCCCUCCCUCAGAACCGAAAUUUAAAUAAUUUAAAAUGUUGGCGGUGGGGGGAUGGUGCUACAUACCAAUGAACAGUUUCUAAUUCGAAAUGGUGCAUUUUGAGCGUAUUUCAUUCCUUUUUUCUCCGAUAUUGCCAUAGAAAGUAAACUUUGACGAUUUUAGGUGACCGCGCGCCGGGUGCGCCCCAAGCCCCCAGGAUCUGCUGGUGAUUAUCGGAUUUGCACUAGUUUGUCAUGGAUUUCAUUCAAUCAUUACCACUUGUUUGAUCUUCUUUUAAAUAGGGUUUUCCUCAUGUGUGGACCAACUGGAAUUGAGUAUUUUAUCAUUGUAUUAGGCAAGAUUUACAACUUUCCAAACAUCUCUAAAGUUAUAUCACCAUGACCUAUUGUGUAUGUAUAUUGAAUGUUUUGAAACUUAUUUGUAUGCAAAUGUUUUAAAGUUUUAUGAGCGUUUAAGUUUCGAACGCAGUUUGCUUACUUUGAUAGCUCAAAUUUCUCAUAAAAUAAUAUAUCACAUUUCAACUCGCGUAUACUGGUAAUAACAGCAUACAAAUAAAAGCUUAAACUUGA